UGUGGGUUUAUCGGAUGCUUUAUCGGGGUAUGACGGAGUGGGGAGAGCUUUGGGUUUGUUGAUUACUUGUCAAGUGAGUUGAUACGUGAACAGACGACAGCACUGGUUUAUUUGAAGUCUCGGAGUGAUAAGUACAGAUUUGAGGAGCUUCCAAGAUGAAUAAAAGGAUAUCCUUUAGAAUCCAUGGAGGGAUAGUCCAAGGUGUAUUCUUCCGCAAGCACACCCAGACGCGGGCCCAGGAGUUCGGAGUCACGGGCUGGAUCCAGAAUAUCGCCGGUGAAAAGAUCGAAGGCGAGGCCCAGGGCAACGAGGAGCAACUGCAGAAGAUGGUGAAGGAGAUUAAGACUGGUCCGCCAAACGCAGUGGUUGUUAAGGUGGAGACGGAGGAUAUUCCGGUGGUGGAGGGAGAGAAGGAGUUUGUGGUUAAGAGGACUGUGAGGUAGAUUCCUGUGCCUACAUUUUAAAGGCGGGGAGGACAGUGAUGUCGAUGAGAUGAGAAUGUCACCAUUGGGACUUCAUCGUGAGGAAUAUAUCUUGAAACAUCUCUCUAUUUCCAAGGUGGGAAGAACGGUGAUGUGAGCAAAAACAACUCGAAAUAUCUCCAAGUCUAAUUAAAAAAACAUAUGACGGUAUUUUAUCUUCCUUACCACC